AUCAGCUGAUAAACAAUAACAAUAACAGUCAGUCAGCUGGUCGAGGCCACGGGAGGAAGGCUAAGUAAUUUGCUGUUGCAACACUCUGUCAUACUUUAUGCUCAACGUCUUCAGAAUGGCACCCAGGCGUGUUUUUGUGGUCGGUGUGGGCAUGACAAAGUUCGAGAAGCCUGGUCGGAGAGAUGACUUUGGCUAUCCAGCCAUGGCAAAAGAAGCUGUUGAAAAGGCCCUUAAUGAUGCUAAAGUCACCUAUGACAAGGUUGAACAUGCCUGUGUUGGAUAUGUCUAUGGAGAUUCAACUUGCGGCCAGCGCGCGUUAUAUGAAGUGGGCAUGACAGGUAUACCUGUCUACAAUGUCAACAAUAACUGCUCUACAGGGUCAACUGCUCUUUACAUGGCUCGCAAUCUUAUCUUGGGAGGACAGGCUGAUUGUGUUCUUGCUCUUGGUUUUGAGAAAAUGGAGCGUGGCUCUCUCACUAAUAAGUUUAAUGAUCGUGAAAAUCCAAUGGAGAAGCAUGUAUUGUGCUUAGCAAACAUGGCUGAAAUAGAGAGAGCUCCUAUGACUGCACAGCUCUUUGGAAAUGCUGGUAUUGAACACAUGAAAAAAUAUGGAACGACACCAGUUCAUUUGGCCAAGAUAGCUUACAAGAACCACAAGCAUUCUACCAACAAUCCGUACUCCCAGUUCCAAGAUGAGUACACCCUGCAGCAGAUACUGGAGUCUCCCAAAGUCACAGGACCACUGACCAAACUCCAGUGUUGUCCUACAUCUGAUGGUUCUGGAGCAGCAAUAUUGGCCUCAGAAGAUUUCGUAAUUUCUCAUAACUUGCAAGACCAAGCAGUUGAAAUACUUGCGAUGGAAAUGAUGACGGACCUGCCUUCAACUUUUGAGGAUGAAAGCCCAAUUAAGCUUGUUGGUUAUGACAUGACAAAAAAUGCAGCUAAGAAGGUUUUCAGCCAGGCUGGCUAUUCUCCCUCAGAUGUUGAUGUGAUUGAACUCCAUGAUUGCUUCUCGGCAAAUGAACUCAUUACUUAUGAGGCUCUUGGCCUGUGUGGAGAGGGAGAAGCUGGGAAGUUCAUAGACAUGGGUGAUAAUACGUACGGUGGAAAGUAUGUUAUUAACCCCUCUGGUGGACUCAUCUCAAAGGGUCAUCCUCUCGGGGCCACUGGACUAGCACAGUGCUCAGAGCUGUGUUGGCAGCUGCGAGGUGAGGCAGGGAAACGUCAGGUCCCAGGGGCAAAAUUAGCACUUCAGCACAAUCUUGGGCUAGGAGGUGCGGUUGUUGUUACUUUGUACAAGAUGGGCUUCAGAGGAAAUGACCGAGGAAUUGUAGCAUCAGCAACAGCAGCAGCAGGACAAGACUUCCAGAGUGCUGUUAUUUUUAAUGCUAUUCAGGAUGCCUUAAAAGCUGAUGGUCAUACACUUGUCAACAAGGUGAAAGGUGUUUAUUGUUUUGAAGUAAAGGGAGGUCCUGGUGGUAGCGAGGCCAAGUGGAUUGUUGAUGCGAAGAAUGGAUCAGGAUCUGUCACACUAAAUGGCACAGCUAAACCAGAUGUAACGAUCAGCAUGAAUGAUUCAGAUCUUGUUGACUUAAUGGAGGGUAAGUUAAACCCUCAGAAGGCCUUCUUCCAGGGCAAACUCAAGAUCAAAGGCAAUAUGGGUCUGGCUAUGAAACUGCAAGAAUUCCAGAAACAAGCACAGCAACUGAAGGCUAAAUUGUAGUUUCCUUUCAUAAAAGUAUUCAUUCUCAGCACUACCAUUCCUUUUUAAGUUUAAAAGUGACACUUACUUUGGAUAAUAAAAUGACUAAACUAACAAUAACCAGAGGUUGAAAUUAUAAGUGUCAGACUUAAAAUUGAUGUAUAGCUAGCUGAGAAAAUCUAUAUACGUAUACUUCCCUAUUGUGAAUGCAGGAAAAGAUGAGAUACAGAUUCUCAUGUAUGUCACCUCUAGUUACGCAUGUUAAAUUUGUUUACAUGAUUUUCCUAUUCAAAGUAAUUGUUUUUAUUCCAAUAUCAGUGUAAUAAACUGACUGCAUAUUGUAAAAAAAAAAAACGCUAUAUAGCAUUUAGGAAUUAAUGCUGAAUCUUGAUACAUUUUGUGUGGCUGGGAAACAAGAGCCCUACCUUUAACUAAUUUCCUAGUUUUCAUUUACAACUGAAGCUAUAAUGUUUAUUAUAUAUUCAAAGGCAUAUAGACCACUAGAUCACAAGUGAAUUUUACCGAAAGGUAAUUUUUUGAAUUGUUUAAAUUAGUUUUUUUUCACUUGUCACUUACAAGCCAUUUAUGAAGUGUAUGGGUCUAUAAUAAAAUUUGGAAUGCUUCUUAA